AUGAGGGCACGCGAUCACCGACCUAAUGGCUAUGUUUACUGGGGGGGGGGGGAUGACGAGAUUCCCGACCGGGUGCCGGGACAGGUAGCUUCCACCGAUAUUAACAAGCCUUGGACCAUGUUUUUUGAUGGGUCGUCAUAUGAUACUGUCGGAGGAGUGGGAGUAGUGUUCGAAGCACCACAAGGAGAAUUUCUCUCAUAUUCAUUCAAGUUGGACUUCCCCUACAGUAAUAAAGUCGCCGAAUAUGAAGCUUUGAUCCUAGGGCUCAGAAUGGCUAAGGAGCUUGACUUGGAAGGCGUCGAGAUAAAAGGUGACUCGAGGUUGGUGACUAACCAAGUCAACGGGGAUUUCCACGUCAAAGAGCCACAUUUAGCUCCAUAUCAAGCAGAGGCUCAAAACCUGAUAAGUCAGACAGGGUCGACCCUAGAUCAUACAGGCAGAGGCAAGAACAAACACGCAGAUGCCCUGGAAACACUAGCUAGCAAGAUACAGCUAAACGAUAAGGAAGAGGGUACGGUAACAGUUAGAAGGAAGGAGCUGGCCAGCACCUGGAAAGAAGACAUGGCCUUCGAAGAGGCAGAUGAUUGGAGGCGGACUUACAUCGACGAUCUGACCAAAAUGGAGGAGGAUCGUUUAAUACCUACCCAAACUCUGAACAAUUCGUAUUGA